GCCACUCGGCCUAUCCCGUUUUGUGUUUAAAGAUUGCGCCCAUAAGCGGAGCCAUCCGUGCUGUCGGGCAAAAACAGAGGCAUGUCCGAAAUCAAGCGCAGCUUCAACGAUGAGAUGGGCUUCCUCAAGCGCGAGGAUACCACAAGCUACUCCAUUCGUCCUGGCUUUGUGCAAGGAAUGAAUGUUCCUGGGAAAUUCUACGUCAAUGACCAGCUUGAGCGCCUCAUGUUGGAUGAGCUGAGAAGCUUUAGCAGGCAGUCCAACAACGCUGGUGGCUUUUUGCCAGCUGUGAAGCAGAUUGGCAAUGUGGCAGCUUUGCCAGGAAUAGUCAAGCACUCGAUUGGCCUUCCAGACAUCCACAGUGGGUAUGGCUUUGCAAUUGGCAACGUCGCGGCCUUUGAUAUGGGCUUGCCAGAGGCAGUAGUAUCCCCUGGAGGAGUUGGCUUUGACAUCAACUGUGGUGUGAGAUUAGUGCGAACAAACCUGCUGUUCUCUGACGUGCUUCCUGUGAAGGAGACCUUGGCGCAGUCGCUCUUUGACCACAUACCCGUCGGUGUUGGUUCAAUGGGCAUCAUCCCCACGAAGGAACAAGACCUCGAGGAGGCCUUGCAGAUCGGUAUAGACUAUUCUUUGCGGGAAGGAUAUGCCUGGCCUGAAGACAAAGAACAUUGCGAAGAGUACGGUCGCAUGUUGAAUGCCGAUCCCGGAAAGGUCUCGAGCAGAGCGAAAAAGCGAGGGUUGCCUCAGCUUGGCACUCUUGGCGCCGGCAAUCACUAUGCAGAAAUUCAGGUUGUGGACGAGAUUUAUGACGAAUUUGUCGCAAAAAAAAUGGGCAUCGACCAGAAAGGACAGGUUUGCGUCAUGAUCCAUUCAGGCAGCCGUGGUUUGGGACACCAGGUGGCCACUGAUGCACUCGUAGACAUGGAACGUGCCAUGACGAGAGAUAACAUCCGGACGAACGACCGGCAGCUCGCAUGCGCGCGAAUUCACUCUGAUGAGGGUCAGCAUUACCUCAAGGCCAUGUCGGCGGCUGCCAAUUAUGCAUGGGUGAAUCGUUCAUCCAUGACCUUCUUGACGCGGCAAGCCUUUGCAAAGGUGUUCAACCAAUCACCGGAAGACUUGGACAUGCAUGUGAUUUAUGACGUCUCUCACAACAUCGCCAAAGUGGAGGAGCACCAGGUGGAUGGCACCUGCAAGCAGCUGUUGGUACAUCGGAAGGGCUCGACCCGUGCGUUCCCGCCGCAUCAUCCACUCAUCCCUGUGGACUACCAGUUGACUGGGCAACCAGUUAUUGUGGGAGGCACUAUGGGUACCUGCUCCUAUGUCCUUACUGGCACUGACAAGGGUAUGCGAGAGACCUUCGGGAGUACCUGCCAUGGAGCUGGACGUGCAUUGAGUCGGAACAAAUCCAGGAACAACCUGGAUUACGGUGAUGUGCUCAAGAGAUUGGAGGACUCCCAGGAUGCUCUUCCGCGUUCGUAAGUUUGCAGGACAUGGGAAUUUCUAUCCGGGUUGCUUCACCAAAGCUCAUUAUGGAAGAAGCUCCGGAGAGCUACAAGGAUGUGACACAAGUGGUGCAGACUUGUCACGACGCCGGCAUUUCCAAGAAAGCGAUCAAAUUGAAGCCCGUAGCCGUGGUGAAAGGUUGAGGCGCAAGUAUUGAAACCCUGCAGAUUUAGACCGAUGCAGAGAAAA